AUGCCUCAAGUUCUACGUCGCCGUGACCAGAAGCCUGGCGCUGGCUUGGAAGCCGUAUUGGCUGCCCAGUCCAGGUCACAGAAGCCAGUGCCAAUCCCCGGCCCCCCGGAGACCGCCGAGGAAGUCAAAGAGACUUGCGAUUCGUUCACCCUCGAGUCUUUUACGACUGAAGAUGCGUGGGAGCUUGGUCAUCUUCUCUAUGCUAGACUCCUGCCCUUUGCUUCAGAAAAACCUACCCUAAUUUCCAUCGCCCUUGCCAACAGCGGCCAAGUUCUGUUCCAGACAGCGGUUGGUUCCGGGACAGUGCCGGACAAUGAGAUCUGGGUCAAGAGAAAGCGCAAUAGUGUGCUGAGAUGGGGGUCGAGCACAUGGCUCCUGCACUGCAAGUACAACGCAGACGAGGAGCUUUUUAGAGCCAAGUUUGGUAUGAGCCAGGAGCAGGCCGGCAACUAUGCUAUUCAUGGAGGUGGUGUGCCCAUAAAAGUCAAGGGUGUUGAGGGUAUCGUCGCGAUUGUGGUCGUCUCAGGGCUCAAACAGCAUGAAGAUCAUGGCGUGAUCGUAGACGUGAUUAGAAACAACUGGGAAUAA